GUUCUUCAGAACUGCCAUCUUCGAGAGUGAACUGCGACGGGCUAAUCAAGAUUUCUCGGCGAGGACGAGUGCGUCCUUAGAGCACCAUGGACGACGAGCAGUUUCGGCAAGCAGGGAACCAGAUGAUCAACUUCGCCAUCUCGUACUGGAACGGCCUCAGAGACCGCCCGGUCCUACCCGACGUCUCGCCUGGAUACCUGCCGAGCCUGCUGCCACAGGAAGCGCCUCAAGAACCCGAUAAGUGGGAGGACGUCUUCAAGGAUAUUGAGCAGAUCAUCCUGCCAGGGAUGACCCACUGGCAAUCCCCACAAUUCCAUGCGUACUUCCCGACUGGAAACAGUCCACCAUCUUUACUUGCAGAUAUGCUCAGCUCAACGCUUUCCAUCGUGGGUUUUUCUUGGAUUGCGAGUCCAGUCAGUACCGAGCUGGAGAUGGUGGUGAUGGACUGGCUUGGAAAAGCCAUCGAGCUUCCAGACCAUUUCCUGUUCUCAACACCAGGUAUCCACGGCGGAGGCGUCAUUCAGAGCACUGCCAGCGAAUGCACUUUGACGGCAGUCUUGGCAGCAAAAACGAAGAUGACGACCCAAGUGCUCCAGCAAAACCCUUCGCUCACUCCAUGCCAAGUCUGGGACAAAUUGGUCGUCUAUACAUCCUGCCAGGCGCAUUCGUCGGUGGAGCGUGCUGCUCUCCUCGCGUCUGUGCGUCUGCACGUGGUGAGCACAGACGACGAGCUGAGUGUUCGUGGCGCCACCCUGCUCAAAGUCAUUCAGGAGGACAGGAAGCUGGGGUUCAUCCCGAUGGCGGUGGUUGCCACUCUAGGGACUACAAACUCUUGCGCCUAUGACAACCUCGCCGAGGUGGGAGCAGUGUGCACCGCAGAGGGACUCUGGCUUCAUGUGGACGCUGCGUAUGCCGGAUCGGCUUUCAUCUGCCCCGAAUUCAGACACUACAUGAAGGGAGUGGAGCACGUGUCCUCGUUCAGCCUCAACCCUCACAAAUGGCUCUUGGUUGGCGUCGACCUCUCGGCCAUGUGGUUCAGAGACAGAAGUGACAUCGAAGAGGCCUUCAAAGUGAACCCACUUUAUUUGAAGCACGAAAACCAGGGUGGCAAAGUUCCAGAUUACAGGCAUUGGGCCAUUCCACUUGGAAGGAGAUUCCGGUCUCUCAAGCUAUGGUUCGUGUUUCGCUGUUACGGACUCUCCGGGUUGCAACGGUAUAUACGUGAGCAUAUUGAGCUUGCCAAGGAGUUCGAGGCCUUGGUGAAGAAGGAUAAAAGGUUCGAAGUGGUUGUUCCAGUUACACUUGCCCUCGUCUGCUUCCGAUUUAAGGGCUCCAACGCCGACAACGAAGAUUUGCUGCAGAUCCUGAACGAACGAAGAAAAGUGCACUUGACCCCAACAAAGUUGCGCGGAGUCUUCGUGCUCCGGUUCGCCGUUUGCAGCCGUCUGACUGAGAAAAAGGACGUGCUGUACGCUUGGGACGAAGUAUGUGCGGCGCUCGACGUUUUGAAGACCAACCGAGGGAGGAACCUUAGGGCAGAUACGAAGGCAGUGUUCAGCGUUCCCAAGGAACUUGUACAGAGAAAACCCCUUCAAGGUGAAGCCAGUGCAGGCAGAACAUCCACCAAGCCCUGUGCAAGCAUGCUAUUGGAAAAGUACGACCAGCUCAAGGGAUGGGUAUUUCGAAACUGAAGCUUGUUCGCUCUGCCAAUGUUGGAGGCUAAUACUUUUCAUGCCGAUUGUGAAGCUCUUAGUUGUUCGUUUCCACUCAGCACUUGUAUAAUUGUUAAUGCCAUGUCAACUCUAUUGCAUGUUGUGCAUAUAUCUGCUCUGCAAUAAAUGUGAUCUGGCUGUUUCAC